AAAUAUAAAUAAUAUUGUUCUCAUCUUCCGCCUACUUUUCUCUCUUUCCCUCAAAAAUCUGUCACACUCUUUAAACGGCUUUUCCCAUUAGCUUUCUUUGACUUGCAAAGGUGUUUUUUUUUUCUCUUCUUCAAUCAAUCAACCAAAUACCCAAACAGGAUUUCUGUGUUUUAGCUUUCACCGUUUUUGCGCCUUCUCGAUUUCUCUCUCAAAAGUUUUGCUUGUAUGACAUGCUUUCAUAAGAAACAUACAAGAUUUAGAUAUAGUUUCUGGAAUUUGUAUAUAGGAUGGGUUGUUUUGCUGUUUUGAAAAGUAAGAAGAAAAAGUCCGAGCAGUCAGUUUUUGUGAAACCUACUGCUCGCAAGGAGCAGAUGCCCACCACACUGCCUGAGCCCCAAGUUCAGACCCGAUCACUGCAAUCUGCACCCCCGAGUUUUAAAACUAGAGUAAAACCUAUUCAACCUAAUAACAAGGCAACCAGCAAUAGGACGCGCACAUUAUCUGCUCCAUCAAGUCUCAACACCGCAGAGCAAGAUGCGCUUGUGUCAGUUGAAUUUGAAGAACAGGAAGAGUUAAAGAGUUACGUUGGAGUAGCAAAGGAACAGCGAUCGCCAAGUCCACAACCGCUGCCGCUUCCAUCCCCACGCAGUUCUGCGCUGAAGACAAUGGGAAGCUUUAAAGCAGGGAAUGUCACUGGCCCUCUUUUUGCCUCUGGACCACUGCCCCUGCCUCCCUCUGGAACACUACGGAACUUCUCUUAUGAAGAAAUUUCAGCUGCUUGCCAUCAUUUCUCUUCUGAUCGAUGCACAUCCGAGGGUCUUUCUUCUGUUAUGUAUAAGGCUUCUUUUGGAGAUGACUCAUCAAGUUCAAAAAAGUUUGAAGCCACUGUUACUCGCCUUCAUCCAUCCACUCAGGGUUUAAGGGAUUUUAUAAAUGAAGUAAAUACUCUUGCAGCAUUGCAGCAUCCAAACCUCUGUAAAUUGCUUGGAUUUCAUGCGCGUGAUAGUUCAGAACAAAGAAUGUUGGUCUAUGAGAGGCUGUUUCAUGGAAGUUUAGAUAGGCUUCUGUAUGGGAGAUCAGAUGGACCACCACUUGAUUGGAAUACCCGAAUGAAAAUUGCUUUAUGUUCUGCACAGGGUCUUACUUUCUUGCAUGAGGAAGGACCAUUUCAGGCAAUGUACAAUGAAUUUUCAACUGCCAACAUACAGAUUGACAAAGAUUUUAGUGCAAAGCUUUCAGGAUAUGGGUGUGUUGGUCAUAUCCUAGAGGCGGAAGAGAUUGCUGCUAAUUCAUUCGCUGUGGCGAAUCUGUCAGUAGAGACACUGGAGAGAGGAUGGCUAACUCCAAAGAGCAAUGUUUGGACUUUUGGAAUUGUCCUACUUGAAUUACUUACCGGCCGGAAGAACCUUGACACCCGUCAUCCCAGGGAAGAGCGGAACCUAGUGAAGUGGAGUCGACCAUUCCUAGCUGACGAUUGUAGAUUAUCACUCAUAAUGGAUCCUCAACUCAAAGGUCGUUUUCCUAUGAAAGCUGCACGCACAGUAGCCGGCAUCGCACAAAGAUGUCUCCAAAAAGACCCAUCAGAGAGGCCUACCAUGAGAACCAUAGUUGAGAGUCUCAGAAUCAUCCAAGACAUGAAAUAUUCCUGUCGGUUUCCUCUCCAAGAGCCCGCUGCAAUUGCAGGAAAACACAUGUUAAGGUCUCCUAGUCUUAACGGGAUCAUCACCCCUGCUACUGCACCCAAGUUCGGUUUCUCACCGUCACCGCCAUCAGGAAUCCGGCUAUCUGUUUCUCCUGCAAGAGCAGCUGCUUUGCCUUUGACGCUUCCACCGCGAGCUUGUUCCUCUACCCUCUCACUCGAGGAACUCGAAAGGCAAGAAAGUAGGCGAUCAUCAUCAUCGACAACCCUUAGAAGGGCUAGUGUGGAAGGAUUUUGAUUGUUUAUAGUAUGAACAUUUUUUUUUCAAUUUUUUUUCUCUUAAAUUCAACACCAGCAUAUAGAAUAUAAAAGAUGUGGUUCAUCCACUCAUCCCUCUAUAUUUAGAUAAUGAAAUAGAGAGGAUGCUGUUUUUUUGUAGAUAUGAAUGCAUAGCUUGAUGUGAAAAUGGGUCCAUUAUUUUCCUGAAA